AUGGUCUUCUCUCAGCCUCAGAAUCGCAAGAAGAAUGAGGACGCGAAGAUAAGCAGAUACGCAAAUCACCAGAACGUAGAGACUGCGAACAGAUCUGAGAGGCUCAAAACACGUGAAGAAGAAAACCAAAGAGGCGGCGACGUAAGGAAGCUCCGGCCGGUGGGAUACUGGAUCGGCGCCGGAGAUUGUGGCUCGUUGCCUCGACAGUAUUUGAUGUAUAGAGCGACGGAGAAGAGGUAA